CACAUCACAUGAUAUUCUAUUCAGUCGUUUUUACUUAGAAAGCCGCAGUGGAUGGACAGAGGCUGUUUGGGUGGAUUUUUAAUCGUUUUCACCACUGCUCAUUUUGAUGUUUAGGUUUACUUCGCUGAUUUUAACUCUUUUUGUUGGUAAGGAAAGUUCUUAUUUCCUACUCUGCUAUGUAGCUACUUGUUGCCUAGCUGUCGUCAAUCAGGACGCCUCACUAACUUCCCAGAAAAACACUGGAAACGCUCACUAACAUCUGGGAGAUAGUCGUCAGUCCGUCAGGCUGGAGUGACAGCUCUCUCUGACAUUAUUCAGAGUACUCUGUUAAGUUGUGAAGCCAGCGCCCAGGCAGGUUUCACUAUGACAGAGCGGACUCCUCUCCUCCACUACCGCCUCUCCACCAGCGUCAAUGAAUCCGGGCUGCAGCCACCCCCGGCCGGGCAGGCCCUGGAGCAGCACCCGGGCAGCCCGAGGCAGAGGUCUGCCCAUCAACGGCAACCGAAGAAACUGUCCAUCUUCUUCGGUGUGGUGAUCCCUACCUUGCUGUCGAUGUUCAGCGUGGUAGUGUUUCUCAGAAUAGGCUUCGUGGUGGGACAGUCCGGACUGUACCAAGCCAUUGCCAUGUUCCUGGUGGCAUACUUCAUCAUCUGCAUGACUGUGCUGUCGGUCUGUGCCAUCUCCACCAAUGGAGCCCUGGAUGCUGGGGGAGCCUAUUACAUGAUCAGCCGAGCGCUGGGGCCAGAAUUUGGCGGCAGUAUCGGCAUCAUGUUCUUCCUGGCCAACGUGUGUGGCAGCGCUCUGUAUGUGCUGGGACUGGUUGAAGCCAUUGUGGCCACUUUUGGAGUGCCAGAAGAUGGGACUCUGGCAGCUUCCUCCUACCAGGUCCUGCCGUCGGGCUACUGGUGGUCUCUUCUUUAUGCCACGGCCAUCGCCCUGCUGUGCCUGCUGGUGUGCCUGGUAGGGGCCCACAUCUACGCCAAGGCCACGUUCAUCAUCUUCCUCAUCGUCAUGUUUGUCCUGGGCACCAUCUUCAUCAGCUUCUUUGCCGUAGGCCCUCGCACCAUCGUCCUGCCCACGUUUGCCAACCCGACAGCCAAUGGGACGGGCCCCGCGUUUCCCACCACGGCCAACUUCACUGGUUUCAAGUUGGACACGCUGCUCGGGAACCUGUGGGCUGACUACACUCUGGAUUACACAACACAGACUAUGAUGACCUUUGCCACCGUUUUCGCUGUUAUGUUUAAUGGCUGCACCGGCAUCAUGGCUGGUUCCAACAUGUCAGGUGAACUGAAGAAUCCAAGCUAUUCCAUCCCCCGCGGCACCAUCACAGCUGUCAUCUUCACCUUCAUCAUCUACAAUCUGCUCUCUGUAUUGGUGGCCUGCUCCUGUGACCGUGUCCUGCUCCAGAGGGAUUACAGUUUCCUCAGAGACAUCAACAUCUGGAACCCCUUCGUCACGAUCGGGGUGUACUCCUCCACUCUCUCCGCCGCCAUGAGCAACCUCAUCGGAGCCUCGCGCAUCCUCUACGCCCUGGCCAGGGACGACUUGUUUGGUAAGGUGUUAUCUCCAGCUAAGAAGACGUCCCGCAGUGGUAACCCCUGGGUGUCUGUGCUCAUCUCCUGGUUCCUUGUGCAGCUGGUGCUGUUUUCGGGGAAGCUCAACACCAUUGCCAGUAUUGUGACCAUUUUCUUCCUGCUGGUGUAUGCUGCCGUGGACUUGGCCUGCCUGGCUCUGGAAUGGGCAUCAGCGCCUAAUUUCAGGCCCACCUUCCGGUACUUCACCUGGCACACGUGUGUGCUGGGCAUCGUGGGUUGUGCCGUCAUGAUGUUCCUGAUCAACGCCAUCUACGCCUCGGCCAGCAUCGCCUUCAUGCUGCUGCUGCUUCUGCUGAUUCACUACCUCAGUCCCACCUCCAGCUGGGGCUACAUCAGCCAGGCGCUUAUUUUCCACCAGGUGCGUAAGUACCUGCUGAUGCUGGAUGUGAGGAAGGACCACGUCAAGUUCUGGAGGCCUCAGGUCCUGCUGAUGGUUUCCAACCCUCGCAGCAGCGUGGGCCUCAUCACCUUCAUCAACGACAUCAAGAAGAGCGGCCUCUACGUGCUGGGACACGUCCAGCUAGGAGAUCUCAACACUUUGCCAUCUGACCCUCUGCAGUCCCAGUACGACUCCUGGUUGUCCCUGGUGGACCAUCUAAACAUCAAAGCCUUUGUCAACUUGACAUUGGCCGAUUCUGUGCGUCACGGGAUCCAACAUCUCCUCUUCAUAUCUGGACUAGGUGGGAUGCGUCCUAACACACUUGUCCUCGGAUUCUAUGAUGACUGUCUUCCAAAGGACAAGCUGAUCGAUCCAUCGCUGUCUACCAUUCAGUGCACAGAUUCCUCUGAGGAGCUCGAGCAGCACCCCCCUCUCUUCCACUUUGCCUCCCUGCGGUGCUCCAGCGACAGACAUGAUCAUGGUGAAUUUGGAGACGGGAAGGUCCUCGGACCCCAGGAGUAUGUAGCGAUCAUUGCUGAUGCCAUGAAGAUGCUAAAGAAUGUGGUGCUGGCCCGAUACUUCAACAGCUUUGACCGAGCCCAGGUCCUCUCCCCGCCCUCCUCCUCUCCGGGGAAAGGAGCUGUGUAUGUUGACGUCUGGCCGGUCAACCUCCUGCGUCCGGACAGCAGUAGCUACGUCGACACCUGCUCUCUGUUCCUGCUACAGCUAGCAUGUAUCCUCAACAUGGUGAGAGCCUGGCGCAAAGCUACCCUCCGCCUCUUCCUGUGCGUGGAGGAAGGGCGGAGUGUGAGGGGCUCGGAGGAGAAGCUGGGCCAGCUGUUGAAAGAGCUGAGAAUCAAAGCUCAGGUCUAUCCCGUGCCGUGGGACCAGCAGGUGGCACUACACUGGCAGCGGCAAGGUAAGUGGGGCAGGAAGCACCUGUCGCAGUCCACUGAUACCACUACAGAAGAGAAAAAGCCAAGAACAGAGGAGGAGGAGGAGGAUGAAGAUUAUGUUAAUAGCUUCCCGAGCAAUGCCACUCGCCUGUCAGAUGACUACCUGUCCUCUGUCAAUAAGAUGAUCCUGGACACGGCUCAGCCCGCCCCUGCUGUGCGUUUCCUGUACUUGCCCCGCCCCCCGGCGGACACCCGCCGCUACACCACCUACUUACACCAGCUGGAACUGCUGACCCAGGACCUGGGCCCCACGCUGCUCAUCCACGGUGUCACACCUGUCAUCACCACUGACCUUUGAACAAUCCCCUUCCCUUAGGAGCUGAGGGCUGGUGAGUGUAGCCGCUGCUGAAGGUUCCCGCUGAAGGUGUGGUGACCACUUUUAGUGCAGCGUCACUGCAGACCUCAGCAGUGCUCCAGCACUGACCUCUCCACCCAAACACAGUCUGGGGAAAGCAGCCCUUGAAAUUUGACCCAGAUGGGGACGCCACUGCUGACUCAUUGAUACCAUCUGCACUGCCUCGCACAACGUGGAGGUAAAAUGAAGAGGAAAGUCUCCAGACAGCCUAUUUUUAGACUAUAUAAAAUGAUGACCGGAUGUUAGACUUGUCCAGUUGGAUUGCAAAAAUCCUGACUAUCUUAAUGUUUUCUUGUGCUGUCAACUUGUAGUUCUGGUAUUCCCGUCAAGCUUCUGAAGGCCCCGUGAUCAUAAACCUUCAAGUCAACCUUUUGCAAUUUAAGCAUGAAACAAUCAGACUGUGGUUGCAUGUACCUAACAGCUAUUCAGAUAUACAGCCUGCCAAGCAGGUUGUAUAUCACCAAUACUCAACAAGCUGACAACCCACAGGGGAUAACUUAGAUUGCAAAUCCACCUCUGUCACUCCAUCAGCUACUUCUUCCUCCAUACAGUAUCUUUGAUAGAGGCCAUGGUCUAAUUCCCGAUACAGUCGGGAGAGAGACUCCCCUUUUUCCUUUCUUGAAAUUUUCUCUCGGUGUGCUGCUGCUCAAAUUCCUUAAAAUGAUCAUUCCAUAUGCCUUCAGAUUGAAAAGUGCCUCACUAGUCAGGGAGCUAAAGUUCGAGUUCAUUCCAGCAUGGACAGAAAGUUGGACUGCGUUGCAUCUUGGACCAGUCAUUCGCAGGAAGUCUGCCUUUUCAUUUUAGGAGCUUAAAACAAAUGAAACGGCUGAACAAUAUUAUCUACGGUGCUACUAUGGAAGUCUUCAAAGUUUUAUUCCAGAAAUCGUUUUUUGUGAAUCUCAGGAAGACAUUCCUCUUUUUUCCAAAUGCACUUUUAAUCUUCCUCUGCCAAACUGCAUGCUGUGCAGCUCUCCCAAAUUCCUCAAACGUGUUUACAGCGCCAACAACUACUGUGAUUAUCCACAAGAUUUUAGUGAUUGUUUUUGAUUGUUUAUGUAUUUUAGGUACUCUGUAGCUUUUAGAAGUGUUUUUACUCACUAGUGACCACACUGCAUGACGAGCCUCAGUGCCUAAUGGAUUUCAAUAUUGGCUCAGCUCUGCAGCCUCUGCCUUUACCCAAAGUGCUUGUAACAUAAGUGAAUCUAUGAAACUUUGGCUGAACAGUUGCCACUUGUGGCAUCUACAGGAAAUACUAAAACAUUGUCUACCAGGUGCACAAGAACAGAAGAGUGUGAAAAGUCAGAGAACUGACUCUGUAACGUCAACUGCACAGCAGAAACUAUCUAUGGAAACUACGCUAACGUUAGCUAACAUUAGCCUCAAUAAGCUCUUGGUCACAUCAGACUGAGAGCUGUAAGGCUGUAACAUAAAUGCUCUGAGUGUACUGACUUGAGAAGAGGUACGUUUUAUUGCUUGGAAAUUGAACUUGUCAUUUAUAAGAGACAGAAUGUGAUUUCUCCUGUUCUUUUGGAAGCAUCACUGUGUUACAGUGCUGUGUUUUCAUUCUUGACGCCAUCUGUAUCGUGAAAAUAAUCUAAACGGCUGGCAUCCUCGAGUCUAAAGUCUCCACAAAUAGAUUCUUUGAGUUUAAUAGAUUCGUCCUGACAAUCUUCAUCACACUGACUUGGACACAUCUGUCUGGUUCAGUUUCUUAUUUGAAGAAAGGCUGGUACUUGGAUGUGGACUUAUCUUGAUAUCCCUGUGUUUGAAAUGAGAUCUAUGUUUACUUGUGGACCAAUUGGAUCCCUCCCAUUUCACGGAUGGCUCCUUGUUUGGACACUACACUCCUAGACAAACCGAUGACACUACAUUUCUUCCAGUCUUUGUCUUGGACUCUUGGAGUCUUGGCUCUUGAACUCGCAGGUGUGCAAAACAAUUCAGCAGUACACCGUCGUUUAUUGAAGAGAUGAAAUGUUCAGUGUUUGAUUUCCUGUUGAAAUCUGAAAGUAUAUAUGUAUACCUUACAAGAUAUAAACUGAAAUGACAUUAAAAAAUAAGUUUAUAUUACAUGUCUUGUUUUUUUUUCACUUCUCUGCGAACGCCAGAUCAAACUUAACAAACACUGAUGUGUCUGGACUUUGUUUCAUUCCAGCAAAGACCAGUUUGUGCGCCUCAGAGCAGAGAGCUGAGGGUUUUUUUGUGUCCGCUGCACUUGUUUGUUUGAGGUAAACUUUGGAAACAGAGGCUGAGAUAGCUCAGCAGCUCAGACAGAGAGAUACUAGAGGGUGCCAGCCAGCCAAAUUACCUUGUCCUACAGUCACCCUCGCCGCCAACCAGGCAGAAAUGGAUUCCAUCUCCGCUCUGAGGUGAACAACAGAUUGGAGAAAUAAGCCCAAAUAACCAUCGAUAUCUGUUCAGGAGGAGGAAGGCUGACAUUUAUCACUGAGAGGAUUGUGUGUGUGUGUGUGUGUUCGCGUAAAGAAUGGUUCAGACUAGGUUUUCUUUGCAUGUUCAUAUGUUCAUGUGUAUUUUUUAGUACUGUGUGAUUAGAAACAAACA